AUGGCUGUUGGCAAGAACAAGCGCCUUUCCAAGGGUAAGAAGGGUAUCAAGAAGCGCACCGUCGACCCUUUCACACGAAAGGAUGAGUACUCCGUGAAGGCUCCCUCUACCUUCCAGACUCGCGAUGUCGGCAAGACUCUGGUCAACCGCACCAGCGGUCUGAAGAACGCCAACGACUCCCUGAAGGGCCGUAUCUUCGAGGUCUCCCUCGCCGAUCUGCAGAACGAUGAGGACCACGCUUUCCGCAAGGUCAAGCUCCGUGUGGAUGAGAUCCAGGGCAAGAACUGCCUCACCAACUUCCACGGUCUGGACUUCACCACCGACAAGCUGCGCUCCCUGGUUCGCAAGUGGCAGUCUCUCAUUGAGGCUAACGUCACCGUUAAGACCACUGACGACUACCUCAUCCGCUUGUUCGCCAUCGCCUUCACCAAGAGACGCCCUAACCAGAUCAAGAAGACCACUUACGCCCGCUCGUCUCAGAUCCGUGCCAUCCGCAAGAAGAUGACUGAGAUUAUGCAGCGUGAGGCUUCCACCUGCACUCUGUCUCAGCUUACCCACAAGCUCAUUCCCGAGGUCAUUGGCCGCGAGAUUGAGAAGUCCACCCAGGGCAUCUACCCCCUGCAGAAUGUCCACAUUCGCAAGGUUAAGCUGCUCAAGUCCCCCAAGUUCGACCUGGGAGCCCUCCUGGCCCUCCACGGAGAGUCCGCGACUGAUGACAAGGGUCAGAAGGUGGAGCGUGAGUUCAAGGAGCAGGUCCUGCAGACUGUUUAA